GUUAACGUCAUAUUUAGUUUUAUACAUAUACACGAAGUUUGUUUUGAAAUGGCAAAAGUAUGGAAACGUUGUACCAUAAACGUUGAACAAUUAAGUAGGAGAUAUAAUAAAUAAAAUUUUAAAUAUUUCAAUUAACUUGCUUUUUCGCAGGAAGUAUUAUUCCUAAGUGGUAUACUCUAAUCAAAUUUAAAAUGGAAAUUGAUUAUAAACUUGUUAAAGAAAUAGAUUGUAAACAAGGAGCCGUCAGAGCUGUACGAUUUAGUGUUGAUGGUGCUUAUUGUUUAACUUGUGGAUCUGAUAGAAAGUUAAAAUUAUGGAAUCCGUAUAGAGGUGUUACGUUAAAGACGUAUGGAGGACACGGGGAUGAAGUAAUGGAUAGUAGUGCAUCAUGCGAUAGUAGUCAAAUAGUGUCUUGCGGAUUGGAUAAAUCAGUUAUCGUUUGGGAUGUAGCAACUGGAACUCCGGUUCGGCGUUUAAGGGGCCAUGCAGGACCUGUUAAUACCGUAAGAUUCAACGAAGAAUCUUCUAUGGUUAUUUCUGGAUCCAGAGAUAACUCAGUUAUGUUGUGGGAUGUCAGAUCCAAAACAUUGGAACCUGCUCAAUGUUUAAACGAAGCUAAGGAUUCUGUGUCCAGCGUUAGGGUAUCAGAUCAUGAAAUUCUAACAGCUUCGUUCGAUGGGAAAAUACGUAGAUACGAUAUUCGUGUAGGUGAAUUGUAUACAGAUUAUAUGGGAGAUGCAGUAACAUGCGCCAGCUUCACAAGAGAUGGUCAAUGCAUAGUAGUUAGUUGUGCCGAUGGUGUGGUUAGAUUGAUGGAUAAAGAUUCAGGAGAAUUGCUCGGAGAAUUCACUGGCCACGUGGCAAAUAAUUUGUGUUUAGAAUCGAGCGUCGACACCCAGGAUACUCGCAUUAUUUCUGGAUCCGCAGAUGGGAAACUAUGGAUAUGGGAUUUAGUUUCUCAAAAAGUAGUUGCGAGGCUUUCAGGAUUUAAACCGACGAAACAUCCCAUAGUAUCGUUAAGCGUUCACCCGCAAACAAACUGUUUCUUAGCCACUAAUGGACCAAGUAUAUUAAUGUGGAAUACCACAUCGAUGCAAGAGUGAUACAUUUAUAAAAUUAACUGUGUAAUUAUGAUUUUUGUAUAUAACUUUUCGAGCGCCAGUGAAAAAUGAAAACAAUUAUAGUCGAGGACCAUUCGUUCGUCCAGCAUUAAAUAAAAAAACAAAAUGUUGAAGAAGAA